CAAGUACAGGAUUCACUUACUCUCGCAGACGGAUCAUCAGUUGACUCUCGAAGAGACAGUCAUCUUAUCCAGCCGACAUCUGGCGAGAAAGACAUGAUUCUCGUCUCUAGUGAUCCAAAUUUGAGGUCUUCAGCGGGCAGAAGAUAAGCUUAACUGAUUAACAAAAAUGGUCAAGCAAGCAGCCACGGGGAAACCCGUUCGCUUGGCUACGUCAUGCACCGAGUGUCAGCGACGAAAGCAGAAGUGUAGUCGGGAUUGGCCAUGCAAUCACUGUCAAGCACGACGAGUAGCCCAUCUAUGCAAAUUUCCCACGAAGGCGCUCAAAGGGGCCAGGUCUGUGGCCAACCCUGCAAGCAUAGAUGAUCCGCCAGCGGCUCCUGUAGAAUUGGCCUUGGAAACCUCAGGUUCCGGUAGAAUUACGGAAGUUACCAACGACAAUGCUUUCCGUAUACUCGGGUACCUUCCAGAUAACGAGGCAACAGCGCCUCCGGGUGCUGAACGAUAUCAAUCAGCGGCAAUAUCCCAGGUUUCCCCGAGUGUAAUUCAACCCGAAAUGGAAAAGGCGCUUCGUACAGUGCCCCCCAAACCAUACACAGACAUCUUGGUACACCACUUUCUUAGUGAGAUCAAUGGGCAAUACUAUUGUCUCUAUCCGCCAACGUUCUCGCACGACUAUGCUACUUGGUGGUCUGGUAAAGCAAGUGGCCAGGCGCUGACGCCAGAAUUCACCUGCCUUUUGUUACGUAUCUGUGCCUGCGCUGCGUUAUAUCUCGACUCCGGUGUCCGCCAGAAGCUGGAAACAGAACUGGGAGAGAACGCUCAAAAUCUUGCUGAACGAUAUCACCAUACUGCCAAGCAACUCAGCAGCACCAUUGCUCCGGGUAAAGGGGGACUGACCAAUGUGCAACAACUGUUCCUCAACGCAGUGUUCUUCAAAAGUGAGGCACUGUUUGUCGAGUCAUGGCACGCUUUGGGCGCCGCGAUUCACCAAGCGCAAGAGCUGGGCAUGCAUAAAAAUUCCUCCAAGGCAGUGACAUCUGAAUUCGAACGUGAGAUGAGAAGGCGUAUUUGGUGCAUUCUGUAUACUUGGGAUUGGCAAAUGUCCUUACUACUGGCACGACCCUUUAUCAUAAAUAGCAGUUACUGUUCUUUCGAGCUGCCAACUCUGCGGCUGGAGAGCCCCGAGUCCGAUGAGUUCGGGCUUUCACCAAUCGCACACAUCACCUUCCAAUGUCAACUCGGGCAGACCAUCUCCAAGAUACCCGGCGUGAUGGGUGGCAUACUGUCUCCGGCACAGGCCAUCACGAUACAACAGGAGACUGAGAAGUGGUUGAACACUCUUCCCGCGGCAUACAGACUCGAAAACCCCGAUACGCGUUGGGAUCAGUCUUAUCAUUACGUGGCUAUGCAUCGACAUCAGUUACAUGCCAUUGGUUAUAUGGUAAUGUUCCUGCCCCUGAAGCCAUGCCUCACAACUACCAUCGAUCACGACAAACCCAGCAUUGAGCGCAGUCUUCGACCGACUGCCGUCGACUGCGCAUUGAAGCUACUGGAGUCAUCGCAGCGGAUGUUAUCUUUUAUGCUACCCGCGAACGCCAAAUUUCACUAUGCCCCUUUCAUUAUAUUCGAUACAGCAGCCUUCCUAUGCUCUGCAAUCAUCCACGAUGCCAGCGAAACCCUCCCUGACCGAGAAAAGGUUAUCAAGGCUAUUGGAGCCGCUCUCGAUGCGCUGGAACAAAUAUCUCAGAGCACAAAGACGGGUGCUAUUUGCUUUGCAGUACUCAAUAGGCUUGCUGAUACCAUGAGCCUAUCUCUGGAGGAAAAGGCGACCAUCGUCUCCAGAUCGGCCGAGAGGUCUCUUGAAGGCCCCAAGACACCUGCGUCGGAUCGACUGGGCUAUGGCUCCUAUAAUGACACCACUUCCGCUUCCACGGUUCUGGAUAUGCCGUGGAACUCAUUCGAGGCAGGCAUGGAUUCUACCUUGUCAUCUGGACUCAGUUUUUCGGGAGCAGGAGCCGAUCUAUUCACCGGGCUGGAUGAUCUUGCCAACAUCGAUAUGUGCGAGCUGAGUCAGAUCUGGGACUGGGAUAAUCUUGAUCUGCACCUUCAAUGUCCUCCCGCUGCUUGACUUGCGGCUUCUACAAGGCGCAUGGCGCCGUGCCUCCAAAAUGCGGAGAUGGCGGAGUGCGAAGAUCAAACAUGAUCAACUUACGUGAAGACAAAUUAAUUAGAUAGCAAAUUGCUUUCCCAAUAGAGACAGG